UGCUGGUCUCUGUGAACACAGGACAUCUAGCAUACCAUCUCCCGUUGAGUAGUUGGAUUGCAACACAGGGUGCACGCAGACCAUCAGGCUGUGCAUUCUUAGCUGGGGACUAAUUUUCAGACAGUCCUCGACUUGGCUCUUGGUAAACAGCACCGCCCCGAUGGUUGUUUGUUUAAAGUGUGGAACGAUCCAUCGCAGAGAGCCGGGCUCGAUUGACACUGUCUGCUGAUCUGCUACUGCGGAUUGCUCAGAAUAACACGGCUGCUCGCUAAUUCCCGUCUAUCGGGGCUUUCGGCGAAACACCGAGAGAGUAGGGUCCAAAAAAAGCCAACAAGGCAGGCAAGAACCUCGCUCCAGCGGAGUCCGCACCCGAGAAUGGCUUCAGGAGACCUUUACGAGGUGGAGCGAAUCGUGGACAAGAGGCGGAACAAGAAGGGCAAGUGGGAGUACUUGAUAAGGUGGAAAGGCUAUGGCAGUAAGGAGGACACAUGGGAGCCAGAGCACCACCUCAUGCACUGCGAGGAAUUUAUUGACCAGUUCAACAGCCUCGAACUGCACUCACACAAACGGCCCAAGGUUCCAAAAAAUCGCCAGGAGCCCCUCAUCACCAGCCAGCCAUCUGCUACAGAAAACUCCAGAGCUCGGUCUGAGGCCCGAAAGAAAAAAAGGACGUUUGGCCCGGCUGUUGGAGUACGAGUAGGAGCUGUACUCGGGAUGGGAAGUGCAGGGUCAGGUGGUCCCACUCAGAAGCAGAAGAAGGUAGCUGUUGGACCUGGGAAACAUGCCUUAGGGGAUCGGAUAAGAAAAGCCAUGACGUACAAGGCUCCUCCGCCGGGAGGGCAUCACUUUGUUCCUCCGAUGAGCGCUCAUAACGGACUGCAGAAUGGAGACAUGGAGCCUCUCAUGUACAGGACAGCUGCGAGGUCACAUAGACCGCCCUCGGACAGAGAACCGGGAGGCAUGGAUUCCACUGGACAACAGUUCACCACUGAGCUAGUGUCAGGCUCCCCUCUGGCCAAUGGCAAGAUGCAUCUACACAGCUCAGUAAAGCGGAAGCUGGCUGAGGAAAAAAGCUACGUGUUCGACAAGCGGCUCAGGUAUAAUGUGCGACAAAACGAGAGCAACUGUCGAUUCCGAGACAUCGUGGUCAGGAAGGAGGAAGGCUUCACUCACAUCCUGCUCUCCAGCCAAACUACAGACAACAACGCUCUGACACCAGAGAUCAUGAAGGAAUUGUGUCGAGCUCUUGGUAAUGCAGCUGCUGAUGACAGUAAAUUAUUAUUGCUCAGCUCAGUGGGGACUGUUUUCUGCAGUGGCCUGGAGCCUUCGUACCUGAUAGGCCGUCUGUCCACUGACCGCAGGAAAGAGAGCAGCCGCAUCGCAGAAGCUGUAAGGGAGUUUGUGUUGGCAUUCAUCCACUUCAAGAAACCCAUUGUGGCAGCAAUAAAUGGGCCGGCCCUGGGCUUAGGCGCCUCUAUCCUGCCUCUGUGUGAUGUGGUGUGGGCCAGUGAGAGAGCCUGGUUUCAAACUCCAUGUGCAGCCCUUCACCUCACCCCCUCUGGAUGCUCCUCUUACACCUUUCCCCAGAUCCUGGGUGUAGCUUUGGCCAACGAGAUGCUGUUUUGUGGAAGAAAACUCACAGCACAAGAAGCAUGCAGUCGAGGUCUGGUGUCGCAGGUCUUCUGGCCAACCACAUUUAACCAGGAAGUGAUGCUGCGUGUAAAGGAAAUGGCAUCAUGCAAUGCAGUGGUUUUGGAAGAAUCCAAAUGUCUGGUGAGGAGUAUUAUCAUGUCAGUCCUGGAGGAGGUGAAUGAAAAGGAGUGUCAGAUGCUGAAGCAGCUGUGGUGUUCAACCAAAGGACUAGAGGCCCUCUUCAGUUAUCUGCAAAACAAGACGUAUGAGAAAUGAGCUACACACCCAGAAGACUGAAUGAUGUGGGUCAAAGGUUAUCUAGAGGGACAUCCUUGAUGAAAGGAAAGGAAAAGUUGCAUUAAGGGUCUUUGUUUCCAUCCAUCAGCAGAGGGGAUCCUCUAGAGUUCUGUUUGCUCACAGAUCUACCAACAACAACUUCAUGGUCUUCUUCUUCUUUAGUAAAUCGUCUUCUAUUAUAUAUUUAUCGGACCCAUAACUGUCCAGCUGUUUAUUGUGUAGAAAUCAAAGAGCAAAGGGCCAAAUGUGCAUUGCCUAAAUAAAGGCGGAAGGUGGUUCUUCAGGGAGGUACAGUGUUUCUUUACAUUAUCAGGAUGAAAAUCAGUUCAUGUCUGAGAGCACAUAAAUAGUUGAUAAUAUAUAUAUAUUUAUUUCAAUAGUGUAAAAAAGUUGCUUUCUGAAAAUAAGGAUUUUCUUUGUGUCGCUUAUUGUUUUGAAUUGAAAUCAAAGUUUUCACGAGGACACUGUUUCUCGAUACUUACAUGCACAUUCCAUCCUUUCUAUUCAAGAGAAAACUGGCAGAAAAUACAAUCAGUGGAUCACAUUCAGUGCUUGGAUCUUCAUUAAACACUCUGGAUAAUUAAAACUGACUUUUUUUCAUCACGCUAUUCAUUGUUUAUACUGUAACAGACUAUUUUAUCUUCAUUAAGUCUAGUUUAUUUCACAGAUAACAGCCAGUACUAUAAUUUCAUUAAAUCUGCUUCUGUCACAUGAAACCUAGAUAAAUGCUUAUGUAGAUUUCAGACUACUUCGGCAUGAGUAUAUAAAUGUCUUCAUUUUGUCAACAUCCAUCUGUGCUUAGUUUUUUUCACCUGCAACAAAGUUUAUUUUAUUAUUUUUUUCUAUUUAUAAAAAUGAAAUUCCGUUGAAGUCAGGAUUUUUUUUAAGCGACACUUGAAAUAAAUUGCAAAUCAGAAAGAUAAAUGGACAAGAAUGGAAGCCUCAUGUGAGUGCUAGCACUAAGUAUGCAAACAUGUCUACCCUUAAUCAGACAGCAUCUUGAGUUGAGUACUAAAACACUUGAGGUGAUUAAAUACAUCGGUGGCACGUGUCCCUUGAUUAACUACCAGGAUUAGUAGUGGAUUUUAUCCCAUUUAAUUUGAGCUACAUUUAGUAGCCGUACAUGCAGUACUUUGUUGGCUCAUGUGUAUAAAAAGGCUUCCAGUUAACAAUGCAGAUAUUAUCGUUUAAAAUGUGUGAUCAUUAUGUUGAUAUGAGCUGACAGUUUUUGCUUGGUUGUGUAAUUUUUAGAGCACACAAAAGAGAUGAUGAGUGUUUGGUCCUCAUGUUAAUCACAUUGUGACUACACUAAUUGUCAGUGAUCGAUAUUGUGGAAAUGCAACAGUCGUAUAGCUGGAGUCUGCGUUUUAAAUUAAUAUGCAUUAUAUGUAGGGAUCUAUUUUGUUUUACCAAAAGAAUGUAGGUCUGUGAAAAUUGUUUUGUAAAAAAAAAAAAAAGAAGAUAUUUGUCCCUGUUUUGCAGUGGUACACAUGCAGUAUAGAAUACUAUAUAAUGUAGACUGCUUUGUGUGACUAUUUGCAUGUAAUAUAAUGUACAUAUAAAUGUGUUGCCUGUCUGUAUACCUUGUAUGUCGGGGUAUAUUUUGUAUAAAUAUUGUAAGUAUUGUUAGAAAUGGUGUAGUUUAUUUUUCUAUUUAUUUCAAAUAACUGUUUGGAUGUGCAGUGCCAUUUUGUUUCGUUUCUCGAGAAGCCCCCCUUAAUCAUCCUUUCUAAGGAUCAUCCCAUAAAUAACCUAUAUUUAAAAACCAGAAGGAGUACGUUUACCCUUUCAGUUAACAUGAUCAUAUUAUGUAUUUAAUUUAAAAUCAUCAAAGAAAUCUCAGAUAAUUUGAAUGGAUGAUAUCAGCAUGAAAUGAUUAUCAAAAAAGUCUCUCUUUUUUGUUUGAGAUUUGAAGCAUAUAACAUUAAUGCUCCACAAGGUUUGUUAAAUUAUUUUCAUUUAUCAGUUUUAUGUCAUUGCAGGGAGUAACAAGUAGUUUAAUGCAGCAUUGUAUGACGUUUUAAGUUUCAAGUAAAAUGAACAAAAAACCACACACUUUCACUUAAGAUCUAAAAAAGCAUUUGUAGCUGCGUAAAGUAACUUCGCUUCAAACACGCAGUUUGGCAGUUUUGUGACCAAAGACUCCAUUAGAGUUAGAAUAUCAAUCAAUUACUUAUUUGUUAAUUUACUUAGACUUUUUGUUAGUCUGGUUUAAAAUAACACUUAUUUUGCUUGGCUUUGGAAUCCCAAGAAGAAGUGAUAGGGAUCUGCGUAAUGUGGCUACUGAAGUGAAAUGACUCGGGUGCACUGAACGAUAUUCACACUAACCCUUCAAGACAUGGGUGUUUGUGUAUUUACUUAUUUCAAUUUGUGAAAUUGUAUUUGUAAAAUGCCUCUCUUUACGUGUUUUGAACUACGUUUCUGUUUUAGGCAUUGGAUCCAAAUUCUCCCCUUAGCUGGUUUUUGAAGCGUGCCGGAUUACAAAAUUUGAAGUAACUAAGUCUUCACUAAAAAGAACUACUCAUGUUUGUUCCAUUAUUUAUUUCAAAUGACUGUGUUUUGACAGGCUUCUGUGCUUUUGUCUUUAAUAACCACAAUAUCAUGUAUUGUAUCUCUAUUUUGACAUGUUUUGUUUUUUAUGUUCUCCAAACAUUGUCUCAAAGCACACCUUGGGGUGCCUUACAAUUUAAAUAUAUGUCAAGGAGUUAUCCAUGCGUUGUAAAUGGUGAGCUGUUUUAAUAAAGAAACAGUGCUUUCACAA